AUGAAAAGAAGUAGUGAUAGGGACACUCCACCACGUAGCAAACGUUCUCGUUCUAGCAUGGGAAGGUACGACGACAGCUCCGAUGAAAGGAUAACUCCGGAUAGAGUUCGCCGGCGGGGAAGCCGUGGACGCAGUCCUAGUCCACGGGCAAGAUACGUUUCGCCCCAUCGCGAUGACUAUAUGCGCCCACCAGAGCGCUCGUAUCCUUAUAAAGUUUUAUGUGUUAGUGCUUUGCAUCCCAAAGCCAGCGAUGAGGUUAUCAAAGACACUUUAUAUAGAGAAUAUAAAAAAUAUGGUGAUCUUAGUAUUAGAGUCACUCAUGAUAUGGAUGAACGUGUAGCGUAUUUGAAGCUGUCUAUGAGGUUUCCUCGAUCAGCAGAUAUUUACAGAAGUCGACCACGUUCAAUAAGCCCUGAGUAUGACAGACAUUACUAUGCUAGAUCUCCUGAAAGAAUGCGACCUGUAGAUAGGUAUGAUAGGGGAUAUGGGCCACCGCCUGGUGUCCCAGUCCAUCGCGAAUAUAGACGUGAAGCAAUGCCUGCACCACACCACGAUUACCUUGCCCGACCUCCUAUGCACCAUGGCCCUCCCCAUAUGGCUCCAGUCCACGGUUAUGGACCUCCUAGACAACAUAUGCCUCGUCCUCCAUUUGAACAGAAGGAGAAUAAAAAGGAUAAAUUUCCCAAUUAUUUACACCACAUACAGCCUGAAGAUGAUCCUUUAGCCACACGCACACUCUUUGCUGGUAAUUUGGAAAUAAAUAUUACUGAAGAAGAACUAAGAAGGAUUUUUAGUAGGUAUGGAGUUGUGGAAGAUAUUGAUAUUAAAAGACCUCCACCAGGAACAGGUAAUGCCUUUGCUUUUGUAAGAUUUAACACUCUUGAUAUGGCUCAUAGAGCCAAGGUUGAAUUAUCUGGUCAAUAUAUUGGCAAAUUUCAAUGCAAAAUUGGAUAUGGAAAAGCUACUCCAACUACAAAAAUAUGGGUUGGUGGUUUAGGACCAUGGACAUCUAUAACACAAUUAGAAAGAGAAUUUGAUAGAUUUGGUGCAAUUAAGAAAAUUGAUUAUGUUAAAGGUGAUAACCAGGCUCUUAUUCUUUACGAUAGCAUUGAUGCUGCCACAGCAGCUGUGAAGGAGAUGAGAGGUUUUCCCCUGGGUGGACCAGAGAGAAGAUUAAGAACAGAUUUUGCUGAUGUAACACCAGGAGUUACAUACAGACCAAAACCUCCUUAUGCUUCUACAGAAGAUUAUAGAGCUAGAGAAGUAGAAUAUGAUUAUGAUUAUGAAAGGGAUCCAUAUAGAAUGAGACCAUAUCCUGAAAAAAGAGGGGCCAGUAGAGAUCCUUACAGGUACCCCGAAGGAAGAGAGGAUGAGUGGGGUAGAAGCAGAGAUCCUGAAUUUGAAAGAAGACGGUCUGGAUCAAGAGGAUUUGAUAGAUCUAGGUCUAGAUCACCAAGAAGAUCUCCAGAUUCAGAUUCUGAUGGUGGUUCUCGUAGAGCAGGUCUACUAGCAUCUAGUCGUACUUUACCAGAAGUAGCUAGAAAAUGCACUACUAUAUGGCAAGGAGCUUUAAUACUAAAAAAUUCACUGUUUCCUGCAAAAUUCCACUUAUUUGAUGGAGACACUGAUAUAGUAGAUAGUCUAAUGAAAGAUGAAGAUGGUAAACACCAAUUACGAAUCACCCAAAGACUGAGACUGGAUCAACCGAAAUUAGAAGAUGUUCAAAAGAGAAUAUCCAGUGCUAGUUCACAUGCUAUUUUCUUGGGACUAGCAGGUUCCACUGCAUCAGUGACUAAUGAUGAUGCUACAGUUCAAACUAGACCUUUGAGAAAUUUAGUAUCAUAUUUAAAACAAAAAGAAGCUGCUGGAGUUAUUUCCUUACUCAACAAAGAGACUGAAGCUACUGGGGUCCUUUAUUCCUUCCCUCCUUGUCAGUUCUCCACAGAGUUAUUAAAACGUACUUGUCCUAAUUUAUCUGAUGAAGCGAUAAAGGAAGAUCAUCUUAUAAUAGUUGUGGUACGUGGUGGCACUGCUUAG